AUGCACGGUUCGUCAAUGCAAAUGACCAGUGGUGUCACGUACAUGGGUCUCGAUUGUCUAGCAGACAUGUCCAACCCAUUGUACACGCAAUAUAGUACAGAGUCUCAGACUGCAAUACCGUGGGCCUCGCAAGCUGCAUAUGCCAAGUACACUAUUUAUUUUGGUGUAGUCAUCAUUUUUAUUGCCCUAAUCAAGCACAUCUACUAUUUAGCUCGUGAUAGAUCUUAUGAAAACACCAACAGCAGUAAAAAUGGUGUAAAGUAUACACCGACUAACCCGUUCUAUUCAUUUUUGGAUGUUAUUAUUGCGUACGGAAGGUUUGUUGGGUACAAACAAACACCCCGCUGGGCAACUUUUUUCCUUUCGGUGCCAAAUAGCAUAGGAUCGACUUUAUUUAUGAUGGUAUCGAGCUUCUACUUGUUAGCAUACUGUCUUAUUCCACACUUUUGGUACCGUUCCUGCGCUGGGUUUGGCUCACCGCCACUUGCUGUGCGCGCGGGUAUGAUGUCGACUGCAUUGAUGCCAUUUAUAUACAUUCUCCUGGGCAAAACGAACGCUAUAACCUUAUUCACCGGUAUUUCGUAUGAGAAAUUGAAUGUUUUCCAUCAAUUUGUUGGUGUUGCAGCAUUCAUUUUGGGUGUGAUCCAUACCAUCCCAUUUAUAUAUCAAACGCUUCACGAAGGUGGUUCCUCAUUGCUUUAUCAAUACUUUACCACCGAUGCGUACUAUAUCAGCGGGAUACCUGCCUUGAUUAUCCUUGGCUUACUAUGCACCUUAUCCAAAUCUUGGCUCAGAAAAAGAUGCUACGAGAUAUUUUGCCACGUGCAUUGGAUGAUGGGUUUGGCAUUUAUUGGUUUGUUGAUUUGGCAUAUUGAUAAGGCAUUGGAUGCACAAGACUAUAUGUGGGGAGCCUUGGCCUUUUGGGCAGCUCAGUUUAUCUACCGUUUACUCAUCAAAACAUGCUUCAAACCUACUACUAUGUUCUUGAGAUCACGCACAGCACAUUUGGAAAAGCUUUCUGAACAAGUGUACCAAAUUACAAUUGACAAUGUUCAAGGUUACAAAUAG